AUGACGUUGCCAUGGAAACAGCUUCUACUGUUAUCAAUCAUCGACUGUCUGGCAGAAUGUCUGGACAGUGGAUCAUACCACGGCUCAAGAUGGAGGAUGGAGCCAGGUGAUUUAUUCAUCCCUGUUGAUUCCAUUGAGGAGGAGGCCACGCUGACCUGUGAUGCUAAGGGGAUCCCCCCUCCCCAAUACAGAUGGUCACUGAAUGGGACCCUCAUAAAUCUGGGACUGGAUCGCCGGCGGCGUCUGUCUGGGGGCAACCUCAUUAUAAGUAGUCUGGACCGCUACCAGGAUGCAGGGAUGUACCAAUGCAUGGCCUACAACACUGUAGGAGCCAUCCUCAGCAGGAGAGCAAGUCUACAGUUUGCCUACUUGGAUCAUUUUAAAGUCCACACCAGAAGCGCAGUGUCAGUUCGAGAGGGACAAGGAGUGGUGUUACUUUGUGGCACACCCACAUCCUCAGGAGACCUCACUUAUGCCUGGGUCUUCAAUGAGUACCCGUACUUUGUUCAGCAAGACAAUCGACGCUUUGUCUCCCAGGAGACGGGGAACCUGUACAUUGCCAAGGUGGAGCCCUCUGACGUGGGUAACUACACGUGCGUAGUGAUGAACAGCAUCACAAAAGGCAAAGUUCACAGCUCUCCGACAUCCCUGAUCCUCAGGACGGAUGGAGUGAUGGUGGAAUAUGAGCCGAAAAUAGAAGUUCAUUUCCCAGACAAUGUACCCGCUGCGAAAGGAUCAACAGUUACGCUGGAGUGUUUCGCCCUUGGGAACCCUGUCCCAGAGAUAACUUGGAAGCGGGCCAAUGGUGUUCCUUUCCCCAGCAAAGUCAAGAUGAAGUACUCAAACGCUGUGUUAGAGAUUCCCAGCUUCCAGCAGGACGACACAGGGGGCUACGAAUGUGUCGCUGAGAACAAGAUGGGGAAGAACACGGCCACUGGCCGAUUGGCCUUCUACGCCAAACCUCAGUGGAUCCAGACUAUGAAAGACACAGCCCUGGCAAUAGAAGAGAGUCUUUACUGGGAGUGCCGAGCCAAUGGAAAGCCCAAACCCUCCUACACCUGGCUGAAGAAUGGCCAAGCGUUGGUUUCAGAGGACAGGAUCCGUGUAGAGGAGGGGGCCUUGUCGGUUUCUGUGCUGACACUAUCAGACGCCGGCAUGUACCAGUGUGUGGCCGAGAACAAACAUGGCGUCAUUUAUUUCAGUGCUGAACUUAUGGUUUUGGCCUCUCCUCCAGACUUCACAGGGAAUCUCCUCAGAGCUUUGCUCAAAGCCAAGGCAGGCACCACGGUGACUUUAGAGUGUAAGCCUCAGGCAUAUCCCAUUGCAAGCAUUCUGUGGAAGAAAGGGAACUUGCCUAUCCACACCAAUGACAGGAUUAAACUUUCCCCUGAUGGAACUUUGAGGCUUGCCAAUGUGACCAAGUCUGACGCAGGCAGCUAUACAUGCUUCGCCAGGAAUCAAUUCGGCAUGUCAAGUACAACUGGAAGACUACUGGUUACAGAGCCAACCAGAAUCACCCAGGGGCCAGUGGACAUGGAAAUUAUCGUAGGCGAAAGCAUCGUGUUACCCUGUCAGGUUGCCAGUGACCCUGUUCUGGACGUUUCCUUCUCCUGGGCCGUCAACGGACAGCUUAUUGCCAAGGGAGACAGACACUUUGAGCUUGUGGGAGGGAGAACAGCAGGGGAUCUGAUGAUCAGGAAUAUUCAGUUGAAUCAUGCUGGCAAAUACAUCUGUGUGGUGGAUACAGAUGUCGAGAGCCUGUCAGCAGUGGCUGUAUUGAUUGUGAAAGGCCCGCCUGGCCCCCCGGAGACAGUGACCGUGGAGGAAGUUACAGACAGCACAGCCCAGCUGGCCUGGAGCCCUGGCAGGGACAACGGCAGCCCUAUCACCAACUACCUCAUCCAAACCAGGAACCCUUUCACCGUGGGAUGGCAGAGGGUGAACACAGUCCCUGAAGUGAUCGAUGGCAACACACUAACAGCUACUGUUGUGGAUCUUAAUGCCUGGGUGGAGUAUGAGUUUCGGGUGCUUGCCAAAAACAGUGUUGGAGUCGGAGAGCCAAGCCCCACUUCACUCAAGACCAGAACGGAGGAUGCAGUUCCUGAUGCAGCGCCAGGUGAAGUGGGUGGAGGGGGUGGCAGCAGAUCCGAGCUGGUCAUCACAUGGGAGCCUGUCCCCGAAGAACUGCAGAACGGUGAGAGCUUUGGUUACAUCAUAGCUUUCCGCGCCUUUGGAGAGGUAACCUGGACGCACGUGGCCACCUCUGCCCCCGGGGCCUCCCGCUACGUUUACCGCAAUGACAGCAUUGCACCCUUCUCCCCUUUCCAUGUCAAGGUUGGGACUUACAACAGCAAAGGACAGGGUCCUUUCAGUCCUGUGGUCACCAUUUACUCUGCAGAGAUAGAGCCAAGUGGGAUGCCAGGGGGAGUUUGGGCCAGAAGUGUCUCAGCCUCUGAGAUUGAAGUGAACUGGCAGGCUCUCUCCUUCACCCCUGAAAGAGUUCUGGGCUAUGAGGUGGUAUACUGGGAAGACGAUACCAAACCAGAGACCAUGGGAAAAGUGAGGGUACCCUGGAACCAGACGUUGGUUGCUGUAUUUGGUCUCACGGGGAACACACAGUACUUCAUCACGGUCAGCGCCUUCAACACAGCCGGCACCGGCCCUUUCCUCCCUGCUAUCAAUGCCACCACAAAAAAGCCGCCACCAGCCCAGCCUCCGCUGAAUAUUGAAUGGACUCUAAUUGGCACUCAGCUGUCUCUUUACUGGGAACCUGUGGUCGCCACUGAAUCAGAGUCAGAAGUCACUGGUUACCAACUGUCAUACAGGAGACAGAAACACAAGGAGGUGAACACGCUCACAACAGCCAAUUCAACGGCGGAGCUGACCCUCCCUGAAGAGGAUGACUACAUCAUCUUCAUCUGCUCUCUGAGUGAAGGAGGGCUGGGCCCCCCAUCAGACCCCAUUAGAAUCCACCAACUAAGUAUGAGUGCCCAUGGCUCAAGAGCCAGGAGUCUGGAUAUCUCCCCUUUCUCUCUUCUCCUGACCACUGCAAUAUCAACGUUCAGGUCAACAUCAUGA